AGCCUUUACUCAGGGCAAAGAAACUCACGUCGUAAUCGACCCACUAUUGUUCCCCAUAAACUCUACUGAUUUAAGGUAACGUAGUCAAAGUCUACCUGGCGAUAACUAGUGAAUUGGAACAAAGUAGCACAUGAGCGACAGCAGCAAACCAUUCUGUGGACAGAAAUGGACCGUAGGACUCCAGAGGCAGAGGGUCUUGACCCCGUCGUGCUGAAAGACCAACUCGCCGAGCUGUGGAACCGGAAAGAUCGGCAGACGCUACAUUUGGCAGCCUUCCAGGGAUUUUCAAAGCUGUCUGAGCCUCUGGAGGCUUUGCUAACAAUCCUGGAGGGCUGUCCAGGGAAACCGAAGGGUCGGAGCCACACCCUCGGCCAUCACAUCCUCAUGGAAUUCCUGACCUGGGCGAAGGAACAUCCUCAGGUAACUCUGAGCUCCCUCUUAGAGCAGCAGGCACUGGAACUUCAGCAGCGAGCUCUGAGCUUAAUCAGAGAUGCACAGGCCAACUUUGCGGACAAUCUGAUUAACAUCUACCAACUCAAUUCCAUGGAUCCAGCCAUUCUCCUGUUGAACAUUAUGAAGUUGCAUUCUGUUCACUGCUAUAAAGAGGCGGCAGCGCUGAGCAUAAAGCUGAAGUUGCAGAAAGAUCUUAAUAUGGAGGAGAUGUGUGUACCGCUGAUCUUGCAAAAUAAGUUGGGCAUGGCAGAGUCCUUCGUCACAGGUGACAACCAUCUAGAACAACAACUGGUCACACUGCUGGACUCGUGGUGCCACCCCGGCUUCAGAGAGGAAGAGAUAAGCAAGCGGUUCCCUCACCUCUUUGUGACCAAACACUGCAUGAGCCUGAUCGAUCCCAAAAUACUCACCAAACACAUCUUCAGACUGGUGGAGAAAUUCAACAUUGACCAAGGUCUGUGUCCCAAUGCUCUGCACAAGAGGAGAUUGGACUCUUUACGUUUCCUCAUGUACAAGAGGUUUGUGGAGAAAACCAUGACAGAUGAGAACUGGAGUGACCACGUGCAGUACGUCGUGGCAGAUGACUCUGAGCUGCAGAUCCAGCUGGUGGAGUUGUUGGUGAAAUACUCUGGUUGUCUAAGCAAAGCCUCUCAGUGGUCCCUGAGAUACAAAAUCCCCAGGAACCGGCUCCCCUUCGGCGUAUGGGAUACGCAGCAGAGUCUACCAUCUGAUCUACAACAGAUAGGUGUUAGGGAUUCAGCAAAAACCGAGGAUUGGAAACCAUCUCGGUCUCAUUGCAAGACAUUUUACCAGGUGCCAGUGACCAAAGAAAAUGUGCACUUUGUCGCCUCGCCGGAGGCUCUACGGAGAUGUCGAAACAUUGUGCUGAAGGAAGGCGGUAUCGUAGGAGUGGACAUGGAGUGGCAGCCUACAUUUGGCUGUAUCUCAACUCAGCAGGUUGCCCUGAUACAGCUCGCUGUUCUAGACCAGGUUUUCUUAUUAGACCUUUGUGCAAAUGGAUUCUGUCAACACCCAGAUACAAUUAUUUUCAUCAGAAGCUUGUUUUCCGAAAGAAGCGUUCUUAAACUGGGUUAUGGCAUGUCAGGAGAUGUCAAGUGUCUCAUCGCCACCUGGCACCAGCUUUUAGACGAGCCAUUGAAGAUGGAGGCAAUGCUUGACCUUCUUAAUGUGCACCAAAAGAUCCAGCGUCGGAAGGUUAACAGAACUCAAAAAGGACAUAAAGAGGUGGUAGUAGGAAAAAGCCAGCAGGCAGAGAAAGGCCUCAGCUUGCUGGUUCAACAGGUUCUGGGAAGGCCCCUCGACAAGACAGAGCAGAUGUCCAACUGGGAGAAACGGCCGCUGCGCAUCAGCCAAAUUAGAUAUGCAGUGGCAGAUGCCUGCUGUUUGCUGGAUGUGUACUCGGUUCUCUCCAGCAACCCAGCGUACUUUGGGCUACCAGCUGACCUGCGCAGCAUCUCAUCGAGCCAAUCAGAAAAGAAAGAAGACAAGACGCAGAAGGUGAAACAGGCCACAGAGAAAGAGGAAUGUCAGGGGGCUCAAGGGGUCAGUCCCCGGAGCUCCAACACAGAGAAAGGCCUCCUGUGUGGCGAGAAGCCCUCCGAAGACACCCCCCCUCGUCCCCCACAGCAAUUGCGGGUGGUGUGUGACAACAUGCUGCAGGGACUCGGGAGGUACCUGCGCUGUUUAGGCGUUGACGUGAUCGUAUUGGAGAACACCGAUGACCACAGAGUGGCGGCGAAGCUAGCACAGGCUGAAGGCCGCUUCAUUCUCACAUGUGGACAACCGUUCCAAAGCUUGCGGUCCCAGGUGGGCGAGGGCCGCUGUCUGUCCCUAGACUGUUCAGAAAAGGCCAGAGACCAGGCUGUGCGAGUCCUCAGGCACUUCAACGUCCAGCUCACUCCCAGCGACAUAUUCAGCCGCUGCCAGGCGUGUAACAAUGACGAGUACGCAGCGGUACCCAGAAAGGACAUGGCCAGGAUGCUUCAGCAGAAGGGAUUUCUGCAGGGCGAGGACAGCAUCGACCACACAAUCCUACAACAACAACAGGAAGAGGGGACGCUUGGUGACAUUCUGACCCCUGAAUUCCCCAGGUAUGUUCAGUGUCAGUGGGCCCCCCUUUCGGGGCUGAACCCUGACACGCUGACCUUUCCCGGGGGGGCACCCAUACAGCUCCACGCCGUGCCCCCCGCCGUCCUGCCGAGGAUACCGCUCUUCUACGUCUGCACCAGAUGUGGCAAGGUGUUCUGGGAAGGCUCCCACUUUGGCCGCGUCCUCUCCAUGUUUCAGGAGGUCUUGCACAUUGCAGGCGAGGACACCAAAUCCGCUGCGGCUGCACAGUAGGAUUGACAUCUGCAGAGCUACUGCGCUUUACCUGUCGCUCAAAUGCAUCCACAGUAAUAGCAUGGAAUCCAAUUAUAGACAUUUCUUUUUUCCUUUUUCUAAUCGACUUGAUGGGAGAGUAAUAAGAAAAGAGGCAUUAAGAAUGACUUCAUCUGCAAGAGAGACACCCACUUCAACUCCUUUGGAUACAUUUGGAUUUCCUUUUUGCCAUAUGGUUUUAAAAUGUGUCAAACCCCCCAAAAAAACAGACACAUAUGGUUUCAACGGCUUUACACCUUUUGCAUUUGUGAGAGUUUUAAGCUCAGUGAUCCAAAGACGGAUCACGCUGUGAUCAAUUUCGAACUUUUGAUUUGAUCAGAUUUUUGUCGUUGAUCAGGUUUUCUGUUACACCACAUUCAGAGGGAUUUAUGGUUUGGAUCGUAUUGAGAUCCUUUUAAUUGUUCUUAAUUCUAAUUCCUUGUUGAGGGAUUUUUUUUUAUCAUCAAACAAUAAAGCAUGUUGCUAUUUCAUUUGUUCUUAUUUUAUUGUUUGGAUUUAAAAGUUGCUGUUAUCGGAUCACAAGUUCUACGGCCUUUUCUGUGUGAUCUGUAUCUAUUUUGUUGAAAGCUGAAUAUGCGUGAAUAAAAUGCAUUUAACUCUA